AUAAAGAGUUACAUUGUGAACUGUUCUGUAUAUUCAGAGGAGAGUCACCAUGAAGGCCCUGAUAUUCCUGGCUUUGCUCGGAGCUGCAUUUGCUGCAGCUGAUGAUAGGGUUGUUGGCGGGUAUGAGUGUCCCAGACACUCUGUUCCCUACCAGGUGUCUCUGAACGCUGGAUAUCACUUCUGCGGUGGAUCCCUCAUCUCCAGCCAGUGGGUGGUGUCUGCUGCUCACUGCUACAAGUCUCGUAUCCAGGUCCGCCUCGGCGAGCACAACAUCGCAGUGAAUGAGGGCACCGAGCAGUGGAUCGAUGCUGCCAAGAUGAUCAAGCACCCACAGUAUAACAGCUACAACCUGGAUAACGACAUCAUGCUGAUCAAACUGAGCCGCCCCGCCAGCCUCAACAACUAUGUCCAGACUGUGGCCCUGCCCUCUCGCUGCCCCCAGCCCGAUGAGAACUGCCUGGUGUCCGGGUGGGGCAACACCUCCGCCAAUGGAGACAACUUUCCAGACAGGCUGCAGUGUCUGAGGCAGCCCAUCAUCGAUGACAGGAUCUGCAGGAACGCCUACUCCCACCUCUUCACAGAGAACAUGGUUUGCUCCGGAUUCAUGCACGGAGGUGCCAGCAGCUGCCAAGGAGACUCUGGUGGUCCUCUGGUGUGCAACGGUCAGCUGCAGGGAGUCGUGUCCUGGGGUUAUGACUGCGCCAUGAAGGGACACCCCAGCGUCUACGCCCGUGUGUGCCGCUUCAACAGCUGGAUCAGCACCACCAUGCGCAACAACUGAACACACACAGACGCCCAUACAUCCACGUGCAAACUGACCUUUCAACAACACACUCAGCGUUCAUAUUCAGUUUAUUUGAAACGCCCUCUGUAUUAUUGUUUCAUUCAUAUACAUCUCAUGAAUAACAUGUUUUGGCAUGAUAAUCUGGAGAAGUGGAUGAAUUAAUAAAAAAUAUACAUCAGCA